UCUCCACCUAGCUAGCACGGCAGUGGAUGGCCAAGAAGAGCUCCACGUGCUCCAGAUCAAAACUGCUCAAAUUCUUCCUGGGGUCUCUUGUACAAGCUACAAGCCAUUGAUCCUUUCCCUAGCCGGAUCUUUAGGCCGCGCGGCGAGAGCAAAUAAUCGGCGGGCAGGCGCGUACGCAUGCGUGUGUCGAGAGCAAAUAAUCGGCGGGCAGGCGCGCACGGCAGUGGAAAUGAUCUAAUCUAAGCAAGAAGGCCACUCAUUCUGACCGGAAACCCACUGGCAUUAUUGUCGCUGGCUGAUCAGUUGCGCUCCAUCGGCUGAAUUUCUUUCUUCUUCUUCACAACAAUUGUCGAUCGGAGAUGGCGCUUGAGAGCACGGCCAAGGUGGUGCUGGGAUGCGUGGCCUUCUCCAUCUUCUGGGUGCUGGCCGUCUUCCCGUCCGUGCCCUUCAUGCCGGUGGGCCGGACGGCGGGGUCUCUGCUGGGGGCCAUGCUCAUGGUGCUCUUCCGCGUCAUGACCCCCGAGCAGGCCUACGCCGCCAUCGACCUCCCCAUCCUCGGCCUCCUCUUCGGCACCAUGGUCGUCAGCAUCUUCCUGGAGCGCGCCGACAUGUUCCAGUACCUCGGCAGCAUGCUCUCCUGGAAGAGCCGCGGCAGCAAGGACCUCCUCUUCCGCGUCUGCCUCGUCUCCGCCGUCGCCAGCGCGCUCUUCACCAACGACACCACCUGCGUCGUGCUCACCGAGUUCAUCCUCAAGGUGGCCAGGCAGAACAACCUGCCCCCGCAGCCCUUCCUCCUGGCCCUCGCCUCCAGCUCCAACAUCGGCUCCUCCGCCACGCCCAUCGGCAACCCGCAGAACCUCGUCAUCGCCGUCACCAGCGGCAUCUCCUUCGGCUCCUUCCUCUUCGGCAUCUUCCCGGCCAUGAUCGUUGGAGUCAUCACCAACACCUGCAUCCUCCUCUGUUACUUCUGGAAGCACCUCUCCGUCGACAAGGAGCGGGACCAAGAGUCGGCUGGGGGCCAGGACGUCGUUGUGGCCGACGACGAGGUCACCUCGCACCGGUUCACGCCCGCGAGGAUGUCGCGCGCCAACUCGGUAAACGGCGACGCCGACUACAUGAACGAGCCGAUCCGCAGGAGCGACAGCAUGAGCAGGAGCAAGAGCUACAACUCCGAGGGCGACCGCGACAUCCAGGUCGCCAUCAGGUCGGUGCGCGCGUCCAGCAUGUCGCAGGAGAUGGUGGAGGUGUCCACAGUGUGCGACCGGCGCGACGAUGGCCCCCGGAAGGUGACCAGGACGACCAGCCGCCAGCGCAGCGUGAUCAUCGAGGACGCGCCCGAGCAUAUCUUCGACGGCGACGAGAAGGAGAAGCCGCACGACGAGGAGGUGGUGAAGCAGAAGAAGUGGAAGGUGCUCGCGUGGAAGACCGCCGUGUACCUCACGACGCUCGGGAUGCUCGUCUCGCUCCUCAUGGGGCUCAACAUGUCCUGGACCGCCAUCACCGCCGCCCUCGUCCUCCUGGCGCUCGAUUUCACCGACGCACAAGCAUGCCUAGAGAAGGUAUCGUACUCGCUGUUGAUCUUCUUCUGCGGGAUGUUCAUAACGGUGGAUGGCUUCAACAGAACUGGCAUACCCAACGCGCUCUGGGAGCUGGUGGAGCCGCACGCGAGGAUCGACAGCGCCAAAGGAAUCGCGCUUCUUGCCGUUGUGAUUCUAGUUCUUUCAAAUGUUGCCUCAAAUGUUCCAACCGUGCUGCUGCUGGGCACAAGAGUGGCAGCAUCCGCUGGUGCGAUCUCACCUGCUUCGGAGAAGAAAGCCUGGCUCAUACUAGCUUGGGUCAGCACGGUGGCGGGCAACCUCACCCUUCUGGGCUCAGCUGCGAACCUGAUCGUGUGUGAGCAGGCGCGGCGGGCGCAGUUCCAUGGCUACAACCUCACCUUCUGGAGCCACCUUCGUUUCGGCGUGCCGUCGACCAUCAUCGUCACCGCUAUUGGCCUCAUUAUCGUCGUUAGCUACUGAACUGGACGGGGAGGAACAACUCCUACUCCUACGUUGCAGCAGUAGUGCAACACGUAAGCAGACAGACAGCUUCCAUAAGCAAGGAAGCAGCCGUGAAAAUGGGGCAAUUUACCUGAUUAUCGUCUUCUACAUUCGUGUAAACUUCUCGCCCGAAAUUAGGCGCGGGACGUCGUCGUCGCCCAUCUGCUAAAGCAAAUAAUGGGCGUGUCUUGUACGUGUGUUGUACUCUACGUAGAUAUAAGAUUACCCGGUCGACGCAAGUAGUCGGUGCCCGUCCGUUGUAUUCGAAAGCCAAGCUUUGCUUCGAUAGGAUGGAUGGAAGGACGGGGAAUGCAGUGACAAUGUUAUUUCAGCUGUAUGUUUGCAGAUAAAGAUAUUUUAUACGGUGGACCGGUGGAAAGUGCGGUCAAUAUAUUUCAACACUCUUGUUUA